AUGUCGUCUCCGCCCCAUCGGGACGGCUACAACCCAUCCGGACCUCAAGCACGCUCUGACAGAGAAGUUCCCUCUCCUGAGGACUAUAAGUACAAGCGUCGCAGGAUCGAAUUCCAGAGAAGCGCUCGCAGACACAUGGCCGAAUAUUCACCAAUUCCACCCCGCAACUCUGUGCCUACGUCGGUUCCGUCCUCAAGGGACCUGCUCGCAACUUCCCUCCAAGAGACCCCACGCUUGAUGCAACCCGGCGUUUUUAUGGAGGAAGAUGCUGCGCUCGAGUACCUUGCUUCAGGCUCUGGCUUUACUCAAGACUUACGUGGUGUCGGCCCUCCUUUCGCCUAUCAGAACCUUGCCCCUACAGGCCAGCAUCAACGACCCGUCAACAUGUCAAGUUUUGUUUACCAACCUGCUCUUUCGCCGGAUUUAGAAUUCGCUCUUGUUCGACCACUGGAAGAGUCUAUUUUCCAUCACCACAGAGAGUCGGACGAGCGCUUGCGAGAACCACCUGGUCAUUCGGUGGAAUCGUCAACGAGUGUAACGGCCAACAGCUUCGGCUAUCCAGUGGACUGGCCUCAGUCUGCUGCCUUUCCCCCACGGCCAGUCGCAACUACGUCUGUAUCGUCCGGGCAGGGACCACCAAGCUCGGCCGCCGACUCGCAGAAACCGCCUAUCAUGUUGAUCCUCACUCGCGCCACUACAGAGGAUAUCGAAGCGCUGGAAUCCCACAAGAAGGAAUGUCCAGCCUGCCAGCUCGAGUUUGAGAAGGAUCAUUUCAUGGCCGUCAUUACCUGUUGCAAUACGCCCAUUCAUGCGACCUGUCUGUCCGCCUGGGUUAAUUCAGUGACAUACUCCAAGAGCAAAGCUUGUAUGAAGUGUCGUAGAACCAUCGAUGCGAGACGCAUGUUGAACAAUGUUGUUCCACCAGUCACUGACAAGUCGUGGGAUGAGGGUGUCGAGUUUAAAGCACCAGAAUCAUUGAAAGGAGACGCCAAGAUUGAGCUCAAUGUUAGUGCAAAGCCAGAGCGUUCAAGAAUGCGGCGAGUUGGAGGCUCGAUGUAUUAUGCCAACUACCGAUCAGCCCGAUCCUUUUUGGCGCUCCCUGAGGCACUGAGUCCCGAGACCAGGAGUGCCGUCCUCCAGUUACGAGAAGAGCGAAUACGCCAAAGUGAUGAAUUGCGAAAUCAAAGUCGCGUGGCUUCAUCCGACUGCAAUCGUGCGAACCACGAGGAUAUUGCCGCCAAUUCUGCACUGCUUGAGGCUCAACUUCGCGGGGAACUUGCGGAUCUCACCCCAUUGAUCAGGAGAUGCGAGAAGACCAAAUUAGCAAGGGAGAAGGCAAGAGAAACGUAUGACAAGGUCAAGCUGGCGCUGGACACAAUGGACCGGACAUAUCAGCAUCGGCUUAACAGCAUGUUUGAUGAACGGAUGGAACGGUAUCGCGCCAGCAGACGCGCAGAGGAUGAGCCGGCUCGAAGCGCACCUUUUCGAGUGGUCAAUGGAGAACCAUCUGACGAGAUAUCUCCUUGA